AUGUACCCUGGAGGAGGCCAGCCCCCGCACGGAUACCCACAGCAGCCUGGAUAUCCGCCCCAGCAAGGUUACCCGCCACAGCAGCAAGGCUAUCCCCCGCAACAAGGAUACCCUCCACAGCAAGGAUACCCGCCUCAGCAAGGAUACCCGCCUCAGCAAGGCUACCCGCCUCAGCAGUAUCCACCCCAGCAAUACCCACCCCAGCCUGGUUACCCUCCGCAUGGACAGCCGCAGCCUGGUUACCCCGCACACGGCCAUCACGGCCAUCAUGCACCGCAGCCCGGCUACGCGUACGCGCAACCCGCCUACGUCGCGCAGCCUGGCGUUGUGAUCGCCGGUGGCAAGAUGAAGCACGGCAAGUACAAGCACGGCAAGCACAAAGGCCACAAGUUCAAGGGCCACAAGUACAAAGGCUACAAGGGUAAAGGCUUCAAGAAAAUGGGCAAGAAGAUGAAAAAGAUGUUCAAGUAG